UUCCUCAACAGUAAAACAACAGUAGGUCGGCCACCUCCUUAGCCAAAAACAUCAAAUGUUUUUAGGCUGUUUUGGUGUACAUCAGUCACUGUGUUUUAAACAUAUUUCUGUUUUGUUUACUUGUUGGUCCAUUUAAUGUACUAUUUACGUUGUUUGUCAGGUGGCUGGCUUGCUAAGUUCGCUUUGCACUAGGCUAAUCGCUAAUGCUAAGUAGCUAGCGAGCUAACAUCCCCGAUCAUGAGUUCACUUAGCUACUCCACUCCUGCUGAAGAAGAGGGGGUCUGCUGGACGGAGAAAGAAGAAGAGGCUGUUACAGUUAAACAAGAAGUAGAGGAUGAGGCUGUUACAGUGAAAGAAGAAGAGAAAGAAGUUACUGUGACAGAAGAGAAAGAAGCUUUCGAAGUAAAAGAGGAGGGGGAGAUUACUGUCACGUUGAAAGAGGAGGAGGAAGGAGAGGAAGAGGGGCAGAUUACUUUCACGUUGAAAGAAGAUGAGGAAGAGGGGCAGAUUACUUAUACGUUGGAAGAGGAGGAAGAAGAGGAAGAGGGGCAGAUUACUUUCACGUUGAAAGAGGAGGAAGAGGAGGGGCAGAUUACUUUCACGUUGAAAGAGGAGGAAGAGGAGGGGCAGAUUACUUUCACGUUGAAAGAGGAGGAAGAGGAGGGGCAGAUUACUUUCACGUUGAAAGAGGAGGAAGAAGAGGAGACGGGAGAUCUAAGUAAAACCACAGGAGAGCGACCAGACUCUCACUCUGACAGCGGGGAGAGUCAUUCAGGGGAACCAGACCCAGAGACGUCCAAACCAGCGAGACGACACCACUGCUCCCAGUGUGGAAAAAGUUUUAACCGAUCACAACACCUGAAAUUACAUGAGAGAACACACACAGGAGAAAAGCCUUACCACUGUUCCCAGUGUGGAAAGAGUUUUAGUCAGUUAGGGAGCCUGAAAGGUCAUAAGAGAACACACACAGGAGAAAAGCCUUACCACUGUUCCCAGUGUGGAAAGAGUUUUAGUCAGUUAGGGAGUCUGAAAAGUCAUAAGCGAAUACACUCUGGAGAGAAGCCUUACCACUGCUCCAAAUGUGGAAAGGCAUUUACAUGGUUAGUGGGCCUGAAAAUGCACGAGAGGACGCACACAGGAGAGAGGCCUUACCACUGUUCCCACUGUGGAAAGAGUUUUAGGUUGUUAGGGAUUCUGAAACUGCAUGAGAAAGCACACACACGAGAGAAGUCUUACCCCUGUUCCCAUUGUGGAAAGAGUUUUAGGUGGUUAGGGUCCCUGAAAACACAUGAGCGAGUACACACACAAAAAAAGGAAAAGCUCUACCAAUGUUCACUGUGUGGAAUGAGUUUUACCCAGUUAGAAGCCUUGAAUAGGCAUGACAGGACACACACACGAGAGGAUAAGCCCUACCACUGCUCCCAGUGUGGAAAGCGAUUUAACUGGUUAAGGCAGCUGAAUAAGCAUGAGAGAAUACAUACACAGGAGGAGAAGACAUACCACUGCUCUCAUUGUGCAAAGACAUUUCCCCAGUUAGAGGACCUGAAAUCACAUGAGAGAAUAGAGAGGCUGUGUUCUGACUUGAGUUUUUGACUGAUCAUUUGACUGAUCAACAACCCUCUGUUGUUCAUCAUGCUUUUCAUAUUGCAUAAUGUACAUAAAUAUAUAAGUAAGUAGCUGUCACGUAGAGUAGAGCCAGACGGCCAAACUGGAAAACCUAAACCUCAAUCAAAAUAAAAAAGAUGGCGGAGAAGCAAAAUGUAUUCUGGGUAUUAUUAUUUACUUCUUCUUCUUUACACGGUGAUUCCAGAAGAAAAACAACCGUACUGCCAUUACAAGUGUACCUUUUGAGGACAGCUUACAACCAAUCAAACAGCUCAAUCCAAAACGCCUCCAAAAUGAACUGAAAGAGAGAGGCUCCUUUUGUACUCAUCAGAACAAUUAACACAAAUUAAUUAAGCAAAUUACCUAUUCAAACCUACCUAUUCAAACCUACCUAUUCACCUAUUCAA